AACAACUGAGAAUUAAAAACCAUCUUCUUUAAUAGCAUAUAAUGUGGUUUCCGCACUAUUAAAGAUCAAAUAAAGUAGCACACUCACCCAAGGAAAAAGAUGAGUACUUCUUCAACGCCCAUUGCUAAAAGGUUGGAAGGAAAGGUGGCCAUAAUAACUGGUGGUGCCAGCGGCUUAGGAGAGAGCACAGGAAGGCUAUUUGUCCAACAUGGUGCAAAGGUAGUAAUUGCAGAUAUUCAAGAUGACCUUGGCCACUCCCUCUGCAAAGACCUUGGCCCUGAAGAAACCAUCUCUUUUGUCCAUUGCGAUGUAACUAGUGACUCUGAUGUCCAGAAUCUCGUGGACUUCACUAUCUCCAAGUAUGGAAAGCUUGAUAUUAUGUACAAUAAUGCUGGCACUGCAGGCAGUAUGGAUCCAAGAAUCUUAGCUACAAACAACGAAGAAUUCAAGAGGGUGUUUGAUGUCAAUGUGUUUGGUUCUUUCUUGGGGGCCAAGCAUGCUGCCAGGGUAAUGAUUCCAGCCAAGAAAGGGUGCAUUCUCUUCACAUCAAGCUCAGCUUCGGUAAUUUCCUUCAGUGGGCCACAUGCAUACACAGCAUCCAAGUAUGCUAUUGUAGGGUUGGCUAAGAACUUGUCUGCAGAGUUGGGACAGUAUGGGAUAAGAGUUAAUUGUAUAUCUCCAUUUGCAACCGCAACACCAAUGUUGACUCAAACUUUGGGGACAACGGAUAAGACCAAGCUGGAUGAGGUGAUUUGUGAGGCAGCAAACUUGAAAGGAGUAGUUUCUGAGCCAAAAGAUAUUGCAGAGGCAGCACUCUAUUUGGCAAGCGAUGAGUCGAAGUAUGUGAGUGGGCUCAAUCUUGUGGUUGAUGGAGGUUAUAGUGCAAUCAAUCCGUCAUUUCCAAUGGCAAUGAAAAGCCUUUUUUCUUGAGCUAGUUUUGUAUUAGUCCAACUCCAUUGUAUUCUUUUUUCUCAUCAAGUUUUGUAUUUAUCUUCUAUAUGCUUAUGCAGUCCAAUUAAUAUGUUGAGAAAAUAUGCUAUAGUUUUGAAUGAAGAUGAGUUGUAACUUCGACCCAAAUGAAAUGAAAUGAAAUUAGGAGUUGUAACAUUUCAAGAUGUAAUU